UUUUCGGCAGCGCUUUGACAACGUCACGUAGCAGUGAUGCGCCUGACAAUGCGCAACGCCCCGUUCUGACGUCAGAGGCCCGCCUGCUUUCGUUGUGCAGAUGUGGCGGCUAGUGGUACACAUGUUACCGGGAAGGAAAUAGCAGGGAGCGAGAGAUGCUCUGGAGAGUGUUGGUGGUGUUGCAGCUAGUGCAGGCGGCCCGAGCCAGGACUGUGCGUGGGAGUUUGGAUAGUGGCGCGGCGUGGCAUGGCCGGGGGCAGCAUAUUGUCACCUUCCUAUUCCAUGGUGACCAAGCUGUGUUGCGUGUCAAAAUCCACAAUGUCGCCGCUGCUGCUGGCAAGGAAUCCGCCUUUUACCUUUACCAAGAUGAGCAAUGGUUACAAAUACACAGCAGCCUGGAGGAAUAUAGCUGCCCUGAGAGAUUGUCCCUGGCACAAGUCACAAUUCCCUUAAAUCAGACUGAAUAUAACUACACUCUCCCACAAAUGGCAUAUCCCAAAGCAUGGUAUGUAAUAUAUGUGGACAAAUUUACCUGCCUUGUGAAAUAUGAGGACCAAAAAUCAGAUGCUAUCACCUUUGAGGUUACCAUGCUGAACCCAGAUGCUGCAGGAAAUCCAUUUGACCACUUUGGAGCUGAUGAGUCGGGACUGCACGAAUUCUUCUUCCUCCUGGUUCUUGUUUAUUUUGUGGCUGCUUGUAUUUAUAUACAGGCUCUCUGGCAAAUGAUAAAGAAAGGUGGCCCAAUGCACACAGUGCUGAAGGUUUUGUCAACUGCUCUGCUCUUGCAGGUUGUGUCGGCCCUGGCAAAUUAUCUGCAUUUCUCCAGGUACGCUACAGAUGGAAAAGGGGCACCGCUAAUUGGAAGUUUAGCUGAAUUAUGUGACAUAGCCUCCGAAGUACAGAUGUUGUACCUGCUUCUAAGCUUAUGUAUAGGCUGGACACUGAGUAGGAAAAAAAAAUCCCAAGGAAGACCCCUUCAGUGGGAUUCAACACCAACAUCCACUGGGAUUGCAGUUCUGGCUGUCACUGCCCAGGUUAUAUUGCUGCUUUGGGAGCUGUUUGAAGAUACCAAUCACCACAGUUUCCAUGCCCAGCAGAGCCUAGCAGAGAAUCUCCUGAUUGCCAUGAAGAUUUGCCUAGCCAUAUCUUUGGCCUGUGGAUUAUAUCAGAUUAUCACUGUGGAAAGAAGCACCAUGAAACGACAGUUCUAUAUCACCUUUGCAAAGGGUUGUUUCUUGUGGUUUCUGUGCCACCCAUGUUUUGUUGCUAUUUCUUUUCUGUUUAAAGAGUAUCAAAGAGAAAAGGUAAUUACUGUCGGUGUCAUCAUUUCUCAGUCCGUCUCCAUGAUUAUCCUGUACAGACUAUUUUUGUCUCACAGUCUCUAUUGGGAGGUAUCUUCCCUUUCAUCUGUCACACUGCCUCUAACAGUAUCUUCAGGACACAGAAGUCGAUAUUACUCUUGAUAACCCAGUAGGUGAUGUUCACCGAUUAAGGCCACACUGUUGGAAUUUUCAAGGUUUGGGAAGAUUUGUUUUCCUGCCAGCCGAAGGAUAGACCAACUGAAGAUCUAAAACCAAGUGGAAUGAUGGUAAAGAAAAUAGCAGAACGUGUGCCAUCAAUGAAACUUAUAGUGGAACAAAACUGAGCCCAGAUUCAGAAAAGAGUCAUUUCUAAGCUCCUUGCUGAAUUAUUUUGUGUCACUGUAAAGCAGUGUUGGCCACAACGUAGAUUGGAAUCUACCAGCAGAUCAUGAACUGUUGAUGAAUAAACCUUAAUAGUAGAAUGUUGCCAUCCAAAAACUCCAAUACAUAUUUUAAAAUGUAA